AUAAAAAAGACAGUGCCCUCUACUGAGUCUACCUACCGCUGUCUGCUGGAUCCUUCAGGUCGCUGAACUGAUGCUUGUAGACGGAAAAUAUCCACCAUGCUGCACCUCACUGAAGGCAUUUAUCACCUGGAGGGUAUCUAAUAAUGAGUAGGAAGUAGGAUCGGAUCAUUCAUGAGUGAAUUCCACAGAGGAGAAUAAGCAUGCUCGCUCUGCACUUCAUGCUCCUGUUAUUGUCUGUGCACAUGGCCUUCCUGUCUCCGGGCAGGUACCAGCGGAGUAAGAGAGGCUUGCUGGAGCUGGCUGGGGUCAUCAAGUGCAGCACGGGGAAGUCUGCCCUGGCCUAUAUGAUGUACGGUUGCUAUUGUGGCCUGGGGGGCCAAGGCUGGCCCCGGGACCGGGCGGACUGGUGUUGUCACAAACAUGAUUGCUGUUACGAACAAGCUGAAUUCGCUGGCUGUCAGACCAAGACUGACACUUAUAAAUGGACGUGUGACGACAAUGUUGCAGACUGUGAUUAUCUGAAUGACAGAUGUGAGAAAAUCCUUUGCCGCUGUGACAGAGAAGCUGCCAACUGUUUGAAGAAAGCACCAUAUAUACGCAAAUAUGCCUUGUGGCCUGAUUUUUUAUGCGGGUGUGACCACCCAACGUGUAAUUAUUACUAACACAAUAACAAUCCGUCUUGGAACGUCAGCUUCAUGGUAGCCUGGAUAUCAUGUUUGCAGAUGAAACUCGUGGAAGAUGAAAGCAAAUUUGUACUUCAAAUUAAACAACAGAAAUUCUGAAAUAUUCACCCAAA